AUGACGGCCGAUUCUCCAAUCAAUGACCACUUACCGCGUUCACCAGUAACGGGUACCUCCAUUGCCGCCGCGAUGGAUGGCAGCGUUAACAGUCCUCGGCGGCGGGGUCUCGUCUCGCCGCGGACAUCUGUCGUUCUCGGAGAUUCUGACCUAAUCUCUUCUCCAACUCGUUCUGCGCCUCGCUCUUCAACGUCUCCGCCGCCGAUCGUUGUGGCUUCGCGGGAGCCGUCUUUUUCUUCUGAAAAGGAUCCGAUUGAGAGUUCGAGCCCUGAUGCCCAGCCCGAGAGCUCGGAUGUUAGCGGUGACGGCAAUGCAGGCCGUCCGAGGAGACAUGCUUGGAAUACAACUGUUAACGGCGUCGUUGAGCCUGGUUCUGUUAUGGGUGAUGCUGUUUCUUGGCCCGCUCUCUCUGAAUCGAUCCGGGCCGGCUCUAGAUCAUCAUCGGAACCAUUCAGACCUAUUCCCAAUGGAUCGGCCUCUUCUUCUCAGGGGCCUAUAAUAUCUGAACCACCUCAGAGACAAGCUAAUGUUAAUUCUACUGCAAACAAUAUUACUACUAGACAAAGGUCUAGGCAUCGUGGCGGAGGCAGCUCCUCGGGAAGCGGGCCUUCUUCUAGUGCCUUUAUUCGGCCUUCUCCCCCUCAGCCACCUCCGUUUCCUGUGUUUAACGUGCCUUAUGCUAAUAUGGUACCACCUAUGCUGGACACUCCUGUGAGAGGAACAAGACCGGGGGGAGGAAUUGGGGGUUCCCAGCCACACAACGGCAAUGAUUCUUCUGCAAGGAAUAAUUCAAGAAGGGGUAACUAUGGGCCCCGCCCUCGUGGAGAUGGACCAUAUCAUAGUAAUCACAGAGGCAGGCGGGAUCAAGAUCGCAGAGAUGCUCAUUUUUCCCAUCAAUAUGUUCCGCCCAUGGGGUAUAUGCCAUCCCCAUUACCCCCUGGGGCUCCACCAUUUAUUGUUGCUCCACCAGCCGGAAGAGUUUUUCCUGGCCAAAUGGGGUUUGAUAUGUCGUCUCCCAUUAUCUACAUUCCAACAUUGCCCCCAGAGUCUUUCAGGCCUAUGCCGAUAAUGCCUCCACCGCCACCUAUGCUUUUUGCUACUAGUGAUCCUUUACCCAGUUUGAUUGUGAAACAGAUAGAUUAUUACUUCAGUGAUGAAAAUUUGGUAAAAGAUAAUUUUUUGAGGUCCAACAUGGAUGAUCAAGGAUGGGUACCCAUCACUUUGAUUGCCGGCUUUCGACGAGUUCAGCAAUUGACAUACGAUGUCCCAUUGAUUUUGGAUUCUUUGAGAAAUUCGACCAUUGUGGAAGUACAGGGUGACAAGUUGAGGAAGCGUAAUGAGUGGAAGAAAUGGUUGCACAAUGCUGUUUGGUCUAAUAAUUCUGGCUCACCCCCCCCUGGUGCUUCACCAGAAAAUGUUCUAGCAACCUCCUUCCAGGAAGUCUCACUGGAUGAUGCUAUAAUUGAUGCAAAUGGCACUAUGGAUGGUUAG